UGCAGUUAUAUUCUACCUGUAUCCAUCUAAACGUAAAUAAAUCAGUAUUGUUGAAGCAAAAUCUUGGUGUAUUUUAACAUUUAAAUGUUUUGUUACAGUGUUUUGUUACAAAAAAGUGCACUAAUGUACCAAAUGGUACCGUUAAUACUAAUAUUUCUAAAAUCAAACAUCCAUGAUGUAUCAAUAUUAUUUUAUGUUUGACCAAUAUUUCCUGAAAAAAGACAUCUCUACAUAGACAAGAAUUAAUAAUUAAACACAUAAUAAUUAUAUGAAAUCCGUAAAUCUCGAGUUUACACGUAAAAUUUGCUUUCGACAAAUCUCUUCGACAUGAGUGUUUCAGGUAUGAUGUUUAUAAAGAUCAAUCUUGAUAUCUGGCCUAUCUAGCUACAUAAUUAUACAACAAUUUCUAUAUUACUUUUCUGUACAUAUGUUUUCCAAUCAGAUACAAAUUUUAUUUUUGUAGUGCAUUAAGUAAAUCAGUAAAAAUAAAUAUAAAUUAAAAAAUAAUAUGUAUUUGGUCUUAAGUUGACACGAUUUAUGGCGCUUGCGCAGGUAAUCUCUCAACGUUAUCCUUCGAAAUUUUCAUAGUGUACGAAAACAUAUUUUUAUUGAACAAUGAAAUAAAAAGAAAACAAUUAACAUUACUUAAUGUAAUAAAAAGGGCAUAAUAAAUUAUAUAUAUUUAUCUCAUUUUACCUUUAAUUUUGAAUUUUGUCGAUUUAAUUAAUCUUUCUUAAAUUUUUACCAUAUAAAGAAAAUUUAAGUAUAUUGGGCCAUAAAAUAUAAAUACAUGUCCCAACAAAAAUUGUAAAUUAAAGAAUAGAAAAUAUUCAAAUAAAAAUUGAAAAUUGCAUUUUAAAUGAUCACAUUAUCGAUUGAAGAUGCAUAUGACCUUGUCAAAUGACAUCACGUUACUAAAUUAGGAGUUUACUACGGCGACAAAUGUGGUGUCACAUACACCAUACAAUUAAAAGAUUCUAUGAUGAUUGCGUGUUUUGCAAUUCAUUUGCAAUUUGCCAUUCCUACUUUGUUGCCCCCACAUCAUUUAGAGGAAAUGUAACGUACAUAUUCAUUCAUCAUAUCAAAUACUAAUUUACUUAUAUAUAAUAUAUUAUCCCUGAACCAUGAUAAAUACUAAUAAAUAAUGAAAAAUGUAAUACUAAAAAUAUCUAAAUAUAAAAUCAAGAUUAUCUUUUGAAAUUUGUGAUAUCACAUAAAAAUAUUAUUCACUAUUUAUUAAAUAAAUUAUAAAAAUUUAAGUAUCAUAAUGACAAAUAAUUCAAGAUAUCUAGGAUAUCACAAUAAUAUAAAUAGAGAAUAUUUAACAGAUGGAGAUGAUCAUCGUGCACCAUCAGAUCGUACAGUAUCUGAAUAUAUUGUGUCUACUGACCAUGCUACAAUGAUGAAAUCAAUGAAAAAAGACCAUUCAGACAAAUAUGAAAAAGAAGAAGGAAGACAAUCACGAAAUAUACACAAUAGUCGUGGUUCAGUAUUAUCUGGAUCUUCAAGACAUAGUCUUCAUCCCCUUAGUAAAAGUAUUUCACAUGGUAGCAUAUGUGACAAUGGUUCAGAUAUAUAUGUUACAAGUGCUGCAUAUAGGGCAACUUCAGAUAUAAGCCAUGUAUCACAUCACAGUCUAACACCAAGUUCAAGAUUAGGACAUCGAGCACCCAGUCAUUGUAGUUAUGGUUCUGCAAAAUCAGUAAAAUCUCACACAUCUAAAAAAGAUGGUAUUAUUAUAGAAACCAUGUCGACACCUAAUCCUUUUUGCCCAAAUACCAAAGGAGUUUGCUGUCUUAUGUUACUUCUUAAUCUUGGUUUAAUUCUUGUUGCAUUAGGCUUUGUUAUAGUGAUUCAAUUUUUUCAACCAUUAAUAGUUUGGAUUUUGGGUAUAGUUUUCCUUGUUUUCGGAUUCUUAACAUUGAUAGGAAGCCUCAUAUACUGCGUACAUGUAUUUCGAAAUGCUAAACAUCCACAUGAUAUCAAUCCAGAGGAUCUUUAUUGGACACGAUAUUGGCAAGGACAUGUAGGUUCAGCACCUGAAGUAUAUUACAAGGCAGAGGAUAAAUAUCAUGAUGAUGGAUACAGUGAUCGUUUGAGCAAGUAUUCACAUAAAUAUUAUGAUCGGCAAAGAUAUUAAAGAAAAGAAAAUCUACUUCAUAUAAAUGUGAAUAUAUCCAAUGUGUUUAUAGUAAUCUAUACAUAACUUACAUAUGAAUUGAUUUCAAGACAUAAGAAAUGUAUAUUACAUAUAUACAUUAAUUGUACUAACAUAUUUAAAAUUUAGUUUAUGAAACUAUAUUUUGUAUAAAAUAGUAAGUAUUAUUUAUUUUAUACAUAUAUAUUAAUUAUUUUAUUUUGUAA